GAAUAUUAUAUUAUUUUCAGAACCGCUACGCCAAAGAGACGGAACACCAAAAAAGAAGAGGAUCUGUUCGGGCUGGUCUCUGAAGACGAGGAAGACGCAGCUCACGCAAACGCGUCUCGCCGAGCGCCGUCGAGCCAGUUGCCGAGCUCCAUCAGCAGCAAUGUCGCGGACGGGUCGGUGCUGCGGCGCGCGCAGCUGAGCGGCCGCUACUACGCCGAGCUGCGCCUCUACUCCACGCGGGACGCGCUCGACACCCGCCCCGAGACCCGCUACACCAAGGCGCUCGUCACUUUGAAGCUCCAGCUCGACCCGGACCAGCCCGAGUGGGACUUGCUUCAAAAGUUCCUCAGGAGAGCCAAGACGACGUACUUUGCGGAUAGCGUGCCGGUGUUUUAUAAUAAUAAAAUU